AGCAAAUCGUGUUACGUGAUCAGUGAUCAGUGUUUAAUGGGUUGCUCGAGUAGCACGAGAAAUCAAUUCUUUGCGGCUUUAAGCGCCAAUUUGCUAACUCUGUCGUAUGGCGCCAGUUUCGGUUGGAUAUCUUCAAGCUAUCUGCAAUUGCAAGAUCCUCAGACUAGUCUUUUGACAUCGGGACCUUUCACAAAAGAUGAUCUCGGUUGGGUGACCUCAUCUCUCUCACCUGGCGGUCUCUUUGGAGUGCUAUUCUUUGGCUGGUUGGCCGAUAAAAUCGGACGUAAACGUUGCCUGCUCCUGAUGGCAGUGCCAAUUGUGCUGCACUGGCUGCUCAUUGCCACUGCCACGAAUCUCAUUCAGUUGUGUGUGGCUCGCUUUCUUGCCGGAGCUGCUGGUGGCUGUGGCCUGACUGUGAUCCCCGUUUACAUCACAGAGCUGGCUGAGGAUAGACUUCGCAGCACCUUGGGCACUAUUUCCUUUCUAAGCUUCUGCAGCGGAUUGCUGCUCAUCAAUGUGUUGGGUUAUCUCUUUCAUUAUGUAACUGUGGCAUGCAUAAUGAUUGCCCUGCCUUUGGUAUUUGCCACUUGUUUUGCUUUUAAGCCGGACACACCUCAAUAUCUGGAACAACGCAAUCGCAGAGAAGCGGAAAAAUCUCUUAAAUAUUAUCGUGGAAUCCCUUCGAAAGAAUCACUCAACGAGGAAUUGCAGCUGGAGCUGGCAAGACUCUGCAAGUCCACACAGCAAAUGCAUGUUGACAGUGAUAACAAUUCCUUCAGCUGGAGCGAUUUUACACAUUCCAAGGCACGCAAGGCUUUCUUUAUUGGCCUGGGACUGGUGUUGACGGAGCAGUUGAAUGGAUCCUUAAUUAUGCUCAAGUACAUCACUGUCAUCUUCAAGGAUGCUGGCUCUAGUUUAUCGCCCAUGGCCUCAGCUCUCAUUGUCAUUGCCAUUCAGCUGUUGGGCACAUACUCAGCCACAUUAUUUGUGGAGCGCGCAGGCCGAAAGACUUUGCUACUCAUCUCCAUUUCGGGCAUUUGUCUGGGAGAGAUCUCAACUGCUGGGUUUUACUAUUUGGUCUCAUUCGGAUUUAAUAUGAGCAUGUUAAGCUGGUUUCCCAUCGCCGCCUAUUCAUUGAUGGUCUUUUCCGGCUCCUUUGGUGUUUUAACCGUUGGUUUUGUAGUUAUCGCUGAAAUUACUCCGCCUAAGAUACGCAGUCGGAUCAUUCGGGUGCACAUGUUCAUUGACUUUGCCUUGGACAUGAGCAUUGCCAAGGUAUUUCCCCUGAUGAGUGAUUCGAUGGGCAUUCCUGCAAUUGUAGCAAUGUUUGCCGUGUUCUGCUUUCUUUUUCUGGUUUUUAUGGUUGUCUUUGUGCCGGAAACAAAAGGCAAAUCCAUUGAAGCUAUUCAGGAGAACUUAUAGUCAACUUUUCGGUUUAUAUUAAAAUUCGCAAAAUUAAAAAUUUUUGUUUUAUAAUUGCAAUGCUAAAUGAUAGCCUACUUUUGGACCUCAAAUCUACUGCUCAUAAAAGUCUUGCAGCUGAUAAGAAGUCGCUCUGUUAUGGGCCAAUAAAAUCCCACUCGUGCUACUGUGAAGCAUUUAGUUGGUCCGGAACUUUUGCCCAAAGUUGUUGUCUGCAAACCUAAUAAAACUAUUUUGAGUACUGAAUUCGUUAAAAAAAUGACCUCUACGCGUGAUAAAAGACAUCAGUUUCUGGCUGGACUUUCUGGUUUGUAUUUAAGCCACGAAAUGCAAUGAAUAAAUUCAAAUUUAAUUUAAAAAAAUAAAAAUAGUUUGAAGUUUGUGAAAAAGGAGCCACUAAAGACAUUUGAUAAGAUUUCACAAGUGUUUAAUCUUAAUUUGCGUGUUUGUUUAUUUUGUGAUUAUUAUCGAGAAAGUAAUAAAAUCUGAAUCUGAACGUGAAUGUGAUGCAUCAGAAAUGACUAAAAUAAAUGUCAAAACUAUUCAAAACAGAUAAUGAAAUUUUCAAAGAGAUUCCUCUUCAACGUACGUGCUUGCCGCGUUUACGUAACAUUUAUUC